AUGCGCACCACCCUCCUCACCACCGCAGCCUCGCUGCUCGCUCUCGACAACGCCCGAAUCGUAGGCUUUGCAACCCCUGACACCGUCGCCCCAGAUUCGACCGUCAAGCUCGAAAUCAUCGCUCAAAACGACAUUCAAGCCUCCCAGGACGUGGCCUUCUCCUUCGAUCUCUCCAACAUCGUGGAGAACAUCACGCACUUCGUGCACAUUCCCGCGACGACCCAAAAGGGGGCGUAUGUGCUCAGUGGAGCGCAAUUCUCGCUGUUUGGCGCUUCGUCGACGCCCACGCUCAUCAAUUAUGUGGCGAAUGUUAGUGUUGGAGAGUUCACUUCGACGAAUUAUGUCUUCAGCACGCGGGUGGGUCAGUAG